AUGGGUCACGCACCAGCGUCGGAUGUGAAAAUCGCACCAGCUCUGGAGUUAAUUUUUUUUAGGAUUCCUGCAGGAUCUCAUCCAUUUCAAAAGAAUAGACGAAAUCUGUGGCUGCGAGCAAUUAAACGUGCAGAUUGGGACAAUGCAAAGGUUAAAGAGGCUCGUGUUUGUAGUGCUCACUUCAUUUCAGGAGAGGCGUCACUUGAUUCCAGUAGUCCUGACUUUGUUCCCUCAUUGUUUGUGUACAAAAAACAAACGCAGAUACCUCAGGCAAAAAUGGAAAGGUAUCACAGGAAAAUGAAGAGAGAUGAAUACCCUAAAAUGCAACCUGCUCCUCCCACGGCUGAAAUGGAACAAGACUGUCCCAUUGAUCAUUGCAGUGAUGAGGAGGAAGCUGAAGUGAACCACCCAGUGUCGAGAGAGGAAUAUGAUGAUCUUUGCAUUAGACAUCAUCAACUGCAAGUAGACUACAUCAACCUGCAGCAGUACUGUUUUAAAUUACGCCGUGAGAAUGAAGGAUUAAGUGAAGAAUUGCAGAAUUCCAAAUUUUCAUACAGAAAUGUUAAGAGUAACAUUGGACAAUUACUGUUUUUCACUGGACUGACCUCUGUAAUCUUUGAAUGGCUCCUUAAAAAAUUAAGUGGCAGUAUUGAGGUAAGUCACCAAGCCCUUCCUCUAGAGGACCAAUUGUUGAUGGUCUUGAUGAAAUUAAGGAUGGCCUAA